GUUUUUCUGGAAAGAAAAUUCCAUCAUAUAUCUCCAAGAUUGUAUCCUUUACAAAUUUCAGAUGUACACCACACCAUUCAUUAUUCUUUAGCGUAUUGGUCUUAGGUUAUAUUUGGUAGAUCCGUUUUUGAAUCUUUCCCCUCUCAUUCCACACGCGCGUAGCUUCAUCACUAACACAUUUCACAAAAAGGCCACUUACAUUCAUUGAAUCGUUGGAUCAAAGAAGGAAUUGGGAAACUAAUUUCAUUUCUUAUCGAUUAUCUAUCAAAAAUUCAUCGUCGCGUGCGAUAACCCGAGAUUAAAAUGGCAAAUGAAUUUCCAAGGUUCAAUAUCCUGCAACACCUGGCGCGCGGCAUACGACUAGAUGAAGGGAGGUUCCCUGGGGGAACAGGUCAAACCCCCGUCAUGCCAUGUCUCGUAGCGAGAGGGGAAGUUCCGGAUGGGUUUGACACAAAUAGUGUUCCCUUCGAGCAAUAUGAAUGUACCCUUCAGCUGUACGACAGCACGGGGGCAGUCCGACUUCCAGACACGCUAAUGUUUCGAUUACAGCCGGUCAGGUGUCAAUUUGUUCCCUCCAUGGAGGAUCCAAACCAAAUUGAUCCACUCUUUGUUUUCCAAGAAAUCAUGAUCCGAGACUGUGGAGUCUUUCGGCUACGCGUCAUCCUAUACGAGAUUGGACAAACUAGAGUGAUUGCGACCACUAUGACGGAUCCUUUCGAUAUUGUCGAGUAUGGCGAGUUUCCUGGAGGAGCGCGUAUUUGGACUCCACUUAGUCAGCACCUGAGGGCCCAUGGCAUCGUAUUACACUUGCCCCCAGAUAAUGACAGUAUCAACUGGGAUGAAGAAUAUCCGACCACCAACGGUAUCCUAUAAAGCAGGACGUGAAGGCACUACUGUAUUGAUUAAUGAAAUAAGCGGGACAAUUAAUUCCACAAACAGUUAGAUAAUUGGGGUAGAUUUUAAUAUGUUAUUUUUUUCAUUUCUUGCUUUGGUUAUACAUAGCAAUAUUUCG